AUGUUACAAAUUUUAGAAUUCAGUCAUUCGGUAUGGAACAAAGUGGAAAAUCCGAAAUUUGUACCACUAAAGAAGGUUCACGUCAACGCCAGUAUACGAUCAUUUGCCGUCGAUGUCACUAUUGAGCAAGUCUUUCGUAAUGAUGAAACAACAGCGAUCGAAGCGGUCUAUUGUUUUCCGAUGGAAGAACAAGCUGCUAUCUAUGCUUUCAUUGCUCGUAUCGACGAUCGAGAAAUCAGAGCGAAAUUGAAAAAGAAAGAUGAAGCUCAACAAGAAUAUGUUCAUGCUCUUCGAAAGGGGCACGGUGCUUAUUUACUUGAACAAGAUGAAAAAUCUCCAGACAAUUUUAUUGUUAAUGUUGGUGCAUUACCACCAGGUAAGCAAUGUGAAAUAUCGAUCUCGUACGUAUCCGAACUCGAUCUUAUUAACGACGGAAGCACAAUUCGUUUUGUUGUUCCGACUACGAUUGCUCCACGUUACAAUCCUUGUGUAGGUGAUAUUAGCUCUCCAUGUGAUACUACAUCGAAAUAUGUUCAAAGUAGCCCUUAUACAAUUGAACUUUGUUGUCGAGUAGAAAAGAAGAACAUUGCUCAAGUAUCUUCAAAAUCUCAUCCUAUUGAAGUUCAUCUCAAUGAGCCAGAUGCUUAUGUAAUUCGAUUUGCUCAAGAAAACACUCAUUUAGAUCGAGACAUCAUUAUCGAUCUUGAACUUUCUGAACAUCAAUCGAAUACGAUUCUAACUAUUGAAGUGGGUGCUAUUAUGGCUUCAUUUACACCUACUAAUGAAGAAUGUAAACGAGUCAUGGAGAAGAUGUCUGUGGCUAAUGAGUUCAUAUUUGUUGUUGAUUGUAGUGGAUCCAUGGGUUCAGAAAAUAAGAUAGGACUAUUGCGCAGUGCAAUGAAGCUUCUUAUUGAAAAAAUACCUUCCGACUCCAUUAUGAAUAUCAUCCGCUUUGGGUCAGAUUAUGAAUCACUUUUCGGCGAAAGUCGAUCUCUUAAUGCUGAUCAGAAUCGUCAGGAGGCUAGACGGUUUGUUGAAUGCUUAGAGGCAGAUAUGGGUGGUACUGAAUUAGCAAGUCCGCUUGAUCUUCUUCGUCACACUCCACCAAAAGAAGGCAGUACGCGACAGAUAUUUCUUCUCACCGAUGGUGAAGUUUCCAAUGUCGAUAAAGUAUUGGAUAUAUGCCGUGCCAUGUCGACUUCAACACGAAUAUUUUCAUUCGGUUUAGGUUACGCGCCAAGUCGUGCACUAGUCAAAGGUCUUGCUCGAGUGACCAAUGGUCGGUUCGUUUUCAUUCCACCCAAUACUACUGUUCAUAAAUAUGUUGAUACUCAAUUUCAAAAAUCAAUCCAAAUGGCCAUUACUAAUGCAGAGAUUAAAUGGAAUACACCAACGCCGAUGAUCAAUGCGCCAUCAAAAAUUCCCCCAAUAUUCGCCAAUGACCGUCUUCUUGUUUAUGGACUUUGUGAGAGUUCAGAAACAACAUUCGAUCGCAGUGUCAGUGUUGAACUAUACCAUGGAACAGUUCAAUUAGGUUUUGCAAGCAUUCAAGAUUUACCGAAUGUGAACAAUGUUGGUACACUAGCACGACUAGCAGCUAAAGCAUUGAUUCUCGAGUUAGAACAUUCGAAAUACAAGUCACUAGAAAAAAAGCAAGAGAUUCAAGAAAAAAUCGUUAAGUUGUCGUUGACGUACAAUAUUCUUUGUCCAUAUACUGCAUUUAUAGCGGUUGAAAAGCGUUUGAACUCUAGCAAUGAUGAAAUGGUAUUACGUGAAGUACCUAUUGAAAUAUCAGCCGAUGAUAAACACCUAGCAAUGUUAGCCAUGAACGACACCAGUAGAAGUCUUUGUGUUGAAUGUGGUCACAGAGAUAGAGUCAUGGAUCAAGUGCGAUGCCACUGUUGUCAACAAUGUUUUUGUGGUACCCAUAUGAUGGAACACAGUGAGAAUUUAGAAAUGGUUCUUAAUCAAUUGCGUAAAGAAAUGGAAGAUCCUCAUAUCGAAGCUUUGAGAAACGUCAAUAAUCGAUCAAAUUGGCUUUGCAGAUUGUACAAAUGGUAUGCUUCUGUUCCAGAACAUCCAUUAGUUGAUCAAUUCUAUAAACAGUGUACAGAACGAUGUGAGAAAUGGUCCAGGUACGCUGAUAGGGAGAUAUAUUUAACUAAAGCAAUCAAUGACGCGGAAUACAAGCUUCGAUUAAUAAUUGAUCAAAAUAAAAAGGCUCUCGAUAAAUGGAGCAUGGAAGCACCAUCCACUGAACGUUCAAGGAAGCGUUUUCAAUCCAAACGAUCAUUGAACGAAAGACAAGAGUCUUUGUUCAGUUUGAGUAGCCGAUUGAAUAGUCCAUCGGUGUAUGAUUUAAUCAAACGUAUUGAACGCUUAACGUAUGAAAGCAGAUAUCCUACAUUACCUUAUAGGAACUAUUCUUAUGUGAAAGAAGACGAAGGCGCACUCGACACAAAUCUAUCGUCUCGUUUGAUGCCGGCUCAUAAAUCAUUCAAAACAACUACAAAUCAAUACUAUUGUAUGGCAGCUAACGACAAAUAUAUUGUAUUAGAGCAGUUCCAUUUAUUGAAUUUAAUAACUGGUGACUACAAUUCUGAUUUGUAUCAUGAAUGGAGACAUUUUGUCACCGACAUAUUCUGGUCCAAUGCACUAGAAAAAUUUAUUGUCAUUAAUAUUGAUUGCAUUAAUGUCUUAGAUGUCGAUAACAGAUGUAAACGUAUAUACGCAACUACACUUGAUCACGAUCUUGAUAAUCGUAUUUGGUGGUGUGGAACAAGUUCGAAUAACACGUUGCUCUUAUCUAAAGCGAUGGAAGGUACAUCUCUUUUUGAAUACACCCUCAAACCCAAAAUAGCGUUCGUCAAAGAACACCAUUCGCCGAUUUCGUGCAAAAAAGACGAGUUUAUCUGUAGUAUGUCAUCAACUGCCACUGUAUUGGCUUUAAUGAUUAUUAAACAGAACAGUGAAGUACGUCUCGAUCUUUGUUCAUUAAGUACAUUAGAGCGUCAACGAUCAAUUGAAGUCGAUUCGACUUAUUUGACGCAUCCAUUUCGAUCUUGUUCAGUGAACGGUAACCAAUGGAUACUGGUUAAUCCCAAUCAAUCUGAACUUUGGUAUAUUUCGGAGGAUGGAGAUGUUAACAGCAAAGAGAAUUAUAUUGGCACACCUCUCCAAGUCGCUUUUAUGGGUACGGACACGCUUGUUGUGCUGACAACGGAGCGUAUCAAUAUCCACCGACUAUCUCCGGUGAAAGCUGACGCAACCAGCUAA